AUGAGCUCGCGCUGCCCUUCUGAGGGGCCCCCCAACGAGGGGGGCCCCCGAAUCCCUGCUUCUGGCGCUCCAGCAGCAGCAACAGCACCGGCAGCAGCAGCAGCAACAACCCCACCAGCAACACCAGUAGCAGCAGCAGCAGCAGCAGCAGCCAGCCGAUUGAGCUGUUUGGGGCGGAGUUCAAGCGAUGCGCCGUCAAGUGUAGGUGGGGCCCCUCAGGGGGCCCCCAAUGCCAACUACAGGUCGCAGGGUACCGAAACAGGGGGGCCCCCAAUGGGGCCCCCCUCUGCUAGCCGUUCUCAGGGUGGAGAGUUUGAGUUGCCUUUGCUGCUGCUGCAGUCUUCUACGGAUGGUAGGGCCCCCAGAGGGGGGGGCCCCCAAGGGGCCCCCAAUACAGAUGAAGACUGGCAAGCAGAGGUUUCAGCUUCUGUUGCUGCUGCAUUUCGGGAUCUAAGAGGCAGCAUGUUUCUCGGCAGCAGCAGCAACAACAGCAGCAGGUCCUCAAGACUAGGGUUGGGGGAUGCACUGUUUCUAGGUGGGGGCCCCCCCCGUUCCCGCAGGACAUCCCGGGGGGCAGCAGAGGGGCCCCUAGGGGGGGGGGCCCCCAGGGGGGCCCCCAGAGGGGCCCCUGAAAGCCUCUCCCCCUCUGCAGCCUCACACUCAACUGAAGACUCAUCCUGCCUCACACCCUCAGAAAAUACAAGCAGCCGGCAGCAGACGCCGCGGGGGCCCCUGGGUGUUCAAGAGAGGGUACUGCCGCCAGAUACACCGACCUCUGAAGAGGGGGGGCCCCCCGGGGGCCCCCAUCUUUGUGGGGGGCCCCUCACUGGUGUAGAGAAUGACAGGGGGGGGGGCCCUGGGUACAGAGAGAGCCGCGGGCUGCAGCCUGAGGCAGCAGAGAAGGACAGGGAAGGGGGCCCCUCUCCGCAUGCGGGGGCCCCUGAAACUGCUGCUGAUAUACAGACGGAGUUUCUUGCUGCUUAUACAAUACCACAGCAGCAAGUUGCUGCUGCUGCAGAAACGGUAGAAGCGACAGAUACUGCAGCAGCAACAGCAGACACUCCAGUAGCAGCAGCAGCAGCAGCAGCAGCAGCAGCAGCACCGGAAGCGGAAGGCGCAGCAGCAGGCCCACAGAUUGGGGGCACCACAGCAGCAGCAGCUGCAGCAGCAUCAGCAGCAGCAGCAGCAGCAGCAGCAACAGCAACAGAUAUUCCUUCUUCGUGCUGCACUCCUCACUCUGAACCUGCUGCUAAAGAGGGGCCCCCACAAGACCUUCAGGGGCCCCCCACGCCAGCAUCAAGGGGGCCCCUCGGCAUGCGGAGGUCUCCUGCACCGAGUCCGCCGCCAAACCCUAAACCCUAA